UAAGAAGCGGCAAUUUCUGCAUCAAAACAAACAAACAAAUAGUAAAAACCCAAUAGAAAGUAAAUAAACGAGAUGGAAUCCAUCAACUUCAACGAUUUUACGCCAAAGGAGCGUUACGAAAUCAUUAAAGAAUUUCUGGUGAAAAUGCGAAAAGCUGAUUCCAUGCCAAGCAAAGAUUUACAUGUCCAAAAAUUCUUUGAGCAUUAUUUGCGAAAAUUCUACAAGUUGCCGAGAAAAUUGGUAAAUGAUAUUGCCUACUGCCAACGGGCUAUGAAAACACAUCUGGCCAUACAUCAAACAAUUGUUGGUGUUUUUGAACAACAGGCGGAUGCAGAUCCCGUGAUGAAAAACAACUUUAUUAACGAACUGGAGGAUAUAUUGUACGAAUUAAAUGCAGAAUGCCAUUACUUGGUUCUUCGUCUCCAGGACGACAUAGAUCGUUUCUGCUUGGCUUUCACGGAACAGAAUUUGAAACCGAACGAAUUGGUGAUUAAGGACAUUGUCAGUGAAGCCAUUGUUCCCCUCAUUGUUGCCCCGGAAGUUAACAUCAAGCCGUGUUUUGUAUUGGAGCGACCCACCGAGACUGAACUGCUCAAAAAGUAUUUCAUAAUAGAGGGUGCAGAACACCUCGUCGAAUCCAAGCCUAUGGAACCCCCGAAAUCUCUGCCAUCCACAAAAACUGAUCUGGAGAUUAAGAAAAGCCGCAUUCAUUUACAGGAAGCUCUCAAACGCGCUCGGUCUAAUUGCAAGCCAGCGAAAAAGAUCCAGGAAGAUGUCGAGCCGGAGCAAAAGAAUUUAUUUAUGCAGUCCGUGGGUCUCUGCUCCCAUGAGGAGCACAAACGCCUGAAGAUGUCGAUGGUUUUGGUGCCGAAACGUAGGCCAAAGCCAACUGAAAAAACAAAAUAACUCAAGAUGGAAACAAUUGUUAAAGUUUUGUCAUUUAUAAGUUAUUUUAAGUACGCUUACAAUUAUAUAGGCUUAAGAGACGUAAGCGCAAGAAAAUGUGAAUAAAUUUGUCAAAUAAUUUUGGUAAACAAGCCCAAAUAAUUGAAAACCUAAA